UUUUUUCUUCCAAGACAUCCGUUUUUUCCAUUCAAUAGAGGCGCCCUUUUAUCUACUUUCUCAAGCCCCUGGUCUGCGCUACUGCUAGCUUCCAUGGACAUCCCGCUGCCGCCGCUUCCAGAUUGGGAUUCGGGGUUCGAGCGCCGCGAAAUAGGCUCGUCUGGAUUGCCGUAUUUUGAGUUUACCGAGGAAUUGGAGCUGCCGCCGAGCGACCCGCGGAAAUACCGACUAAUCCGCCUGCCCAACAAUCUCACUGCCGUGUGCGUGCACGAUGCCGAUGCUAAGCAGGCUGCAGCCUCGCUCAGCGUCAACAUCGGCAGUCUAGCGAACCCGCCCGAGCUGCGCGGCAUGGCGCAUUUCUGCGAGCACUUGCUAUUCAUGGGCACAGAGAAAUACCCAAAGGAGAACGCCUACGCACGAUACCUGGCUGAGCACAGCGGCUACUCGAAUGCGUACACGAACCUGUCAAACACGUGCUACUACUUUGAUAUAGCCGCUGACGCCCUGGAAGGCGCACUCGAUCGUACCGACCGAGAACUGCGUGCUGUCGACGCUGAGUUCAAAGGGUACUUGCAGGACGAUAACUGGCGCGUCCUGCAGCUCAAAAAGUCGCUCAGCAACCCGAAGCAUCCGUACCACAUGUUCGAUGUCGGCAACAUGAGCACAUUGAAGGGCGAUGCAGAGCGAUUGGGUGUCGACUUGCGUGACGAGCUUAUAAAGUUCCAUGCCAAAUACUACUCCAGCGAUAUAAUGAAGCUCGUUGUUGUUGGCAGCGACUCGCUGGACAGGCUGACCGAAUGGACCGUCCAGAUGUUCUCGCCCAUCACCAGCAAGGGCAACACCAUGCCUGUGUUCCUCGGCCAUCCGCUGAGCCCCAGCGAGCUAGGUACAGUGGUGCGCUUCAAGACCGCCAACGAAUACCACUGGGUCGACAUAAACUUUCCAAUGCCCAACCUGCACGCGUGGUACCGCGAGAUGCCGCAUGUGCACAUCAAAUCGCUGUUGAAACAUGAUGGGCAUGGGUCAGUUCUGGCCUACCUGAAGAAGCGCGGCUGGGCCACUUACAUCUACGCUGGCGCUAGCUCGCAGCUGCGCAACCAGCCAAACAUCCUUAGCGUGCUGGUCACAGCCACCGACAGCGGGAUGCGACACUACAAGGAUAUCGUGCGUGUGGUAUUUGCUUAUUUGCAGAUGCUACGACGUGCUGGUCCACAAGAGUGGUACCACGAGGAGCGCAGGAGGAUCCGCGAUAUACAGUUCCGAUUCGCCGAGAAAGGCGUCGGCAAGAUGCUCGCCUACGACCUAUCGCUGGUCAUGCAUGACAAGUACAUUGCGCCUGAGCACAUUGUUUCAAACUAUGCACUGCUGCGCAACUAUGACGAGACGUUGCUAUCUCGGAUGCUUGGCCUGCUUAAUCCUGACAACUGCCGGAUAUUGCUCGGCUGCAAGCAAUUUGACAUGGAGAUGACUGAGCGCGAGGGCAUUUUUGGCGUUGAAUACCGCAUCGACCCGAUUCCCGAAGACUUGGCAAGGGGUAUCCGCUCGGAACUGUUCAUCGAUGAGCUGCGAAUGCCCGAUCCCAACAUUUUUAUUCCUGAGAACCUUGAUAUCAAGGCCACUGUGCAGACAAAUGCCCUCGAAGCAGAGCCGGUUCUGCUGCGCCGCGACAAGAAUGUCGAGGUGUGGUUCAAGCCCGAUAACCGGUUCUUCUUGCCGCGUGGCAACAUCUCCAUGUUUAUUGAGAUCCCAGCCAUGCUACAGUCGCCACUAACGUCAAACAUGGCAGACCUAUUCGUCUAUAUGCUCAAGAGCACGAUGGCGCACGAUGUCUACAACGCACUGCUAGCUGGCAUGACGUACCGCUUCUACUCAACAUUUGACGGAUUGAUAAUCAGCGUGACGGGAAUCAACGACAAGCUGCACUUGCUGCUGGAGACAAUUUUGCGCGCUGCAAAGACGUUCACGGUUGACCCGACGCUGUUUAGUGUGUAUAUGAGACAGCUGCGGCAGGACUACAAAAAUAAGCGCAACAUGGACCCCAGCGAGCACGCCGUUGACGAUAUUGUGCGUCUGAACAUAUCGCCGCGCUGGCACUACGAGGUGCUCCUUCGUGAACUAGAUCGCAUCACAGGCGAGCGGCUUCAGAUGUUUGCCGACACAUUGUUUGACACGACGCGCAUCAAAAUGCUGCUGACCGGCAACUUCUGCGAAAGGGACGCGUUGGCUGCAAUCGACAGCACUGUGGAGAUCCUGGGCACGGCGCCGCUGCCCGAGUACAUGAGGGUGCAGGAGCUGGUGCACCGGUUCGACCCAGGCCGGUACCUGCACCAGUUUGAGAUGCCCGACACCAGCACGCUGAACAGUGCUGUGAGUAUGCAGAUAUAUGCGGGUCCUGUGUGUGACCAGCGCGAGCGCAGCAUAAUCACCUUGCUGGUGCACAUUAUGCGCGAGCCGCUGUUUGACCGCCUGCGCACCAAGGAGCAGCUGGGAUACUCAAUCCGCGGCCAGUACACGGCGUAUCUACGCAAGGGCCACCACGGGAUCCGGUUCACAGUGCGCGGCGAAUGCAAUCCGGCGUAUAUGACCCUGCGGAUUAGCGAGUUCCUGCGUUUCUACCGCAAGUACCUGUGCACCAUGGCCGAAGAGACAUUUGCCGGGCAUGUGUCGAGCCGGAUUGCGCUGUACAAGGAGAAGCUUCAUAACUUAGGCCAGGAGGUGGCCAGGUAUUGGCAGCAUAUUACAUCGGAAUACUACGAGUUUGACCGUGUUGACAACGAGAUCCGCGAGAUGCAGCGCAUAACAAAGGACGACAUGGUUCGGUUCUGGGACACAUACUUUAACCAGGAUACGGCGCCGCAGUUCACCCAGAUCACCUCACAGGUGUGGUCAGCCAGGAUCCCACGGCCAACGCGCCAAGAGCUGGAGACAUUUCCGAGCACCACAAUUUCGCUGUUGGGGUGUCUGUAUCGUGAGGGCGUUACUAGGCUCUCACUCGGCAACGUGCAGGAGUUUGUUGAGUUGCAAGCCUCUGCUGAUCCGAAUAUAGCAGCUGUGUUGCAGCAACUUCAGGCAUUAUUUCUGAAAACUGUUGCCGACGACGACAGCGCCAUGCAUGGUGACGACAUCGCAGCGGUGAGCCGAAAGCUGACAGCCCAGAAUCUGUACGUUGGUACUGCGUUGCGUAUGGCAAUUGAUGAAUGUGUCCAGCGCUCAGAGGAGCGAUUGUCGAAUGGUGUGCCGAUCAGCGGCCCUGGGGACGGUGAUGGGUGUGAGACAAGCCUCCAGAACAUCGGAAUGUUCAAGACAGCCGAUAGGGUGUGGGUGAUUGUCGACCCGCUGGCCUUCAAAUCCACGCAGCGGCUCUGUGGGGCGCCAAUCCCAACCCGAAAGCUGGUGCCCAAGUAUGCGUAG